AUGACACCCAUUCCCCCCUCCCCCGCCCCUCUCCUUCCUGCACAGGGAGAGACGGAGUGUGCGUUCUUUCUUCGCACGGGGCGGUGCAAGUUCGGAGCAACGUGCAAGUUUAACCACCCUGACCUGUACACGGCCCCGCUACAACCAAUGGGGUUACAUCCCUCCCAGCAGCAUCCUUCCCAGUUGCUGCAGGCACCAAUGGGGCUGCAUCCUUCUCAGCUAAACCCCUCUCAGCUACAGCCGUCCCAGCUACAAACGUCUCAGCUACAGCCGUCCCUGCAGCAUCCCGCCUACCAGUAUCCCUCCCAGCUACGACCGUCCCAGUUACAACCGUCCCAGCAGCAUCCCUCCCAGCUUCAACCAUCCCAGCUACAGCCGUUCCAGCAGCAGCAGGUGCAGGUGUCGCAACCUGGGGGGGCACACACAGGAGAAGCAGAGGGGCCAGGUAGGGAACAGCCGAGAAGCAGCAGCUCUGGGGAAACAUCAGGGGAAACACCUGGGAAAGAAGAAGCAAGUAGCCCUGCUGAUGGUGGUGGUUAUGCUGAUGCUAGUGAUGGGGGUGAAAGCAGCAGCAUCAGUACCAACCCAUGCAGCAAGGCGGAGGGGGGAGCGGCGGGGGAGGGUGGGGAGGAGGGGGAGGUGGGGGAGGUGGGGGAGGAGGGGGAGGAGGGGGGAACCGUCCUCCCACCACCACCAUCAGAAGCACCAGCAGCACCACCAGCAGCGCCAGCAGCAGUAGCAGCAGCAGCAGCGCCAGCAGCAGCAGCGCCAGCAGCAGUAGCAGCAGCAGCAGCGCCAGCAGCAGCAGCAGUAGCAGUAGCAGCAGCAGCAGCAGCGCCAGCAGCAGCAGCAGUAGCAGUAGCGGCAGCAGCAGCAGCGCCAGCAGCAGUAGCAGCAGCAGCAGAAGCUGGUACCGCUGCUGCUCCUUUCCCGAUGAAUCCGGCUUCGCCUGGUGAAGGUGCUUCAGGUGAAGGUGCUUCUGGUAUAGUUGCUUCCGAUGUCGGUGCUUCUGCUUUAGGUACUUCUGCUUUAGGUGCUUCUGGUGUAGGUGCUUCUGGUGUAGGUGCUUCUGGUGUGGGUGGUAUUGUGGCAGUUGGCGAAGGUGCUUCUGGUGUGGUUGCUUCUAGUACAGGUGCUUCUGCUGUACAUGCUUCUACUCAGCCUCUGCAGCCGUGUCAGCAGCAAUAUCCACACCAACAGCAGCAGCAGCAGCAGCAGCAGCAGCAGCAGCAGCAGAAGAAGGCACAGCAGGACGCACGGCAGGCCUUGCCGAACCUACCAGAGAGGCUCGGGCAACCGGUCUACCAAUACUACAUGCGGACCGGGACGUGCAGGUUCGGAGGAUCAUGCCGGUACCACCAUCCAAAGAAAACACCUACCCCUGAUCAGCACCAAAGCUAG